AUGUCGGCUCCAAGCGCCCGUCACUGGGAGCAGAACAAAGAAGCCACCGUAUACGUCGGUAAUCUCCAUGAGCGCGUCACACCUCGCAUCCUUCACGAGCUGAUGCUCAACACCGGCCGUGUACGUAAUGUGAAUAUGCCAGUCGAUCGUGUCAAUGGACAGCACCAAAGUUUCGGCUUCGUCGAGUUCCACACAGAAGCUGAAGCCGACUAUGCUUCUAAAAUUCUCAACAAUGUUGCCCUUUACGGAAGCCGGAUACGUGUGAACAAGGCAUCUGCAGAUAAGCAAAAGAAUGUCGAGAUUGGCGCAGAGCUGUUCGUUGGCAAUCUUGAUCCAGGUGUAGACGAGAAGACUCUGUACGACACAUUCAGUCGAUUCGGACCACUGGUGAAUGCGCCAAAGGUUGCGCGCGAUGAAGUCACAACCGCGUCGAAAGGCUACGGUUUCAUCUCCUACGGCGAUUUCGAGUCCUCGGAUGCGGCCAUCGCCAGCAUGCACAACCAAUACAUCAUGUCCAAACAGAUCACAGUUCAGUACGCGUAUAAGAAAGAUGGCAAGGGCGAGCGACAUGGAGACGAAGCCGAGCGUAUGCUUGCUAAACAAGCCAAGGCUCACGGAGUUGCGCCUGCUGUUCAGCCUCUACCAGCACAUCUUUUCCAGCUUCCUCCAGGCGCUGCUCCAACGGGACCAGCUAUGCCUGUAGAUGGAAGAGGUGUACCAGGCGCGCCAAGCGGGCCAGGAGGAUAUGGACCACCGAGCGGACCUCCUGGCUUUGUACCCAACGGACCCGCAGGUUAUGGCAGACCACCCUCUGCUGCUCCCAUCGGCCACCCGUCACUCCCUCCUCCUCCAACGGGUCUGCCUGCUCGCCCACCGAGCGGUACCCCAACCAAUUUCUUCCCUCCCCCUCCGGGAUUUGCAGCUCCACCACCAGGCUUUGGGGCCCCUCCGCCCGGUUUUGGAGGCCCUCCAGGUUAUGCACAAGCACCUAGGUAG